AUGGUGGUAAGGCGCUCCACCGCAACUCUGAUUAACGCCGCAUUAUCGCUCACCACUCUCGCACAGUUCGGACGACUGACCCACUACGCCUUUGAUGCUGUUUUGUUCUCCGCUUUCCUCGCCGGCGUCAAGCGCUCGACCGGCCUUACGCCCAGUCUGAAAUCCGAGACGAUUAGCGAGUCCGACAAUGUCAAGAAAUGGGUUGACAACUACCUCUGGGUAGGCGAGGUCGUCAUGGACCAGGGCGUGGCUCUGAUGAGCUCGUCCGGCUACUUCGAGCGCAAGCGGUAG